UGGCGUCUCAAUCCCCCCCUCUCUCCAUCUCUCUCCAUCUCUCUCUCACCGAGAGGGAUGAUGCUCCUGCCGCCCUCCUGCUCUGACUGGUCGUUGUGAACUGGACACGACUGUCCGAAUUGGAGUAAAUACGUCUGCCCUCUUUCUCUUCGUCCGGUCUUUCCUCGCUGUGAUUUCUAAAGUUUAAGCCGCCCGUAAAGACGCACCGUUCGGUCAUGCGUAAUUUGGCGCGCCCCGGGACGUGUCAGUGAUGCGAGCACACUCGCGGGGAGGAACAGAUGGACUAGCCGUUACUCUUCUCUUCUUCACCAUGGGAGUGCUACAACUUUCUUUCCUCCUCGUAGUCGCUGUGCUGCCCGUUUCAGGUUUUGGGAUUGACCCUUCCCUACGCAUUGACGUCUUUGAGGAUCUGAAUAUCGAGGAGUCCUAUGCAGGAGUUUCUCAAGUCCAGGGCUUCCACAAUGAGAGCACGGCCUUUCUGUUUAAAGACAUGUGGAGGAGUGUGCGAGCCUCAGCAGGCGUUUCCGAACGGAUGCUGCAGAAGCUCAGAGGCAGGGUGGAGUUCACCCUCCUGCUGACCCUCAAACAGGACAAAUUCAACUCUGGGGUGAUGCUGUCGAUCCAUCAUGGAGAGCAGAGGUAUUUGGAGCUGGAGAGCAGCGGGCAGCGCAGUGAGGUCCGGCUGCACUACUGGACAGCAGAGAGGCGCACCCACUCUGAAGUGUUUCCCUACAGCCUGGCAGACGGCCGCUGGCAUAGAGUGGCCCUGUCACUUAGUGCCUCACAGCUGGUGCUGUACGUGGACUGUAGCCGAAUCUACGAGAGGCUUGUGGAAACGCCGUCUAUGGACGUUCCUGCCGGGACAACUGUGUGGUUAGGACAAAGAAAUAAUGCUCAUGGAUUCUUCAAGGGCGUGAUGCAGGAUGUUCAGUUGCUGCUAAUGCCUCAGGGGUACAUUUCUCAAUGUCCAGACCUCAACCGUACUUGUCCCACUUGCAAUGAUUUUCACGGUCUGGUGCAGAAGAUCAUGGAACUUCAGGAUAUUUUGGCCAAAACGUCUGGAAAGCUUGCGAGAGCGGAGGAGAGGAUGAGGGCUCUAGAUGGCUGUUAUUGUGAGAGGACCUGCUCUCUGAAUGGAGAGAUCUAUAGAGACGAGGAGGUCUGGAUAGAUGGGUGCAAGAACUGCACGUGUUUGAAUGGGACUGUUGAAUGUGAGAGCAUCUUCUGCCCGGCACCUCAGUGCCCUCCGAACACUGCACCAGCCUACAUCCCUGGAGCCUGCUGUAAAGAGUGCCAGUCGGUGUGUCUUUUCAGGGGGAGGGUUUAUGUGGAAGGUGAUCGUAAGAGCGUGCGUGACUCUACAGGGACCUGCCUGCUUUUUGAGUGCAGGAAUCGUAGCAUGCGAAGAGUUGAGAGCACGUCGUGUCCAGAGCUGACCUGCCCUGAGUCCGAGCAAAUAACCCUCACAGACCGCUGCUGCAAAGUUUGCCGAGGACAUGAUUUCUGUGCGGAGGGCUACAGCAGCAGCUGUGUGGAGAACUCAGAGUGCGUGAAUCUGGAGGCAGGAGCCUGCUGCAGCUGCAGAGACGGCUACAGAGCGCUGCGGGAUGACAGCGCUUACUGUCAAGACGUUGAUGAGUGUGCGGAGGGGAAGCACUACUGCAGGGAGAACACCGUGUGUGUGAACACGCCGGGAUCCUUCAUGUGCGUCUGCCAAACUGGCUACAUCCGGAUUGAUGACUACUCCUGCACUGAGCAUGAUGAGUGUAUAAGUGGACUACAUCGCUGCGAUGAGAACGCGCUGUGCUUCAAUAUGGUGGGAGGACACAGCUGCACCUGCAAGCCAGGAUAUGUGGGUAAUGGCACUGUCUGCAGAGCACAGUGUGAUGGGCUGUGCCAUAACGGAGGUUCCUGUGUGGCUCCCGACACUUGCAUCUGCCAGCAGGGCUUCACCGGGAGGAGAUGUGAAACAGACAUUGACGAGUGUUCAGAUGGCUUUGUGGAGUGUGACAGUAGAGCCACCUGUGUGAACCUCCCAGGCUGGUAUCACUGUGAAUGCCGCGAUGGCUACCAUGACAAUGGGAUGUUUUCAGCCAACGGGGAGUCGUGUGAAGAUAUUGACGAGUGUGAGACAGGGAGGCACAACUGUGCUAACGACACAGUGUGUUUUAACAUGGACGGCGGUUAUGACUGCCGGUGCCCUCAUGGGAAGAACUGCACUGGAGACUGUGUUCACGAAGGGAAGGUGAAGCACAACAGGCAGAUUUGGGUGCUAGAUGACGAUAGGUGCUCCGUCUGCUCUUGCCAGACUGGUCUGGUGAUGUGUAGGCGCAUGGUGUGCGACUGCGAGAACCCGACGGUGGAUGUUUCGUGUUGUCCAGAGUGUGACCCUCGCCUCACCUCUCAGUGUCUGCACCAGAAUGGCCUUCUAACAUACAACAAUGGUGACACCUGGGUGGAGAAUUGUCAGCAGUGCCAGUGCAUGCGUGGCGAGGUGGACUGCUGGCCGGUGCCAUGCGCGGCUGUGCUGGACUGUGAGUUCCUGGUGGUUCCUGAGGGUGAGUGCUGCCCCCACUGCGUUUCUGACCCAUGCCAGGCUGACACAGUGCGCAACGACAUCACCAAAACCUGCGUGGAUGAGUACGGCAUCACACGCUUCAGCGGCUCCGCCUGGACCAAACACGGCACCGAGUGCUCGCUCUGCCAGUGCAAGAAUGGUCAUGUCUGUUGCUCUGUGGAUCCUCUGUGCCUCUAGUGCCAUCCAAAAGGCGACUGUCUCUCUUACGGCCCUUUUUUCUCUCUCUCUCUCUCUCUCUCUCUCUCUCUCUCUCUCUCUCUCUCUCUCUCUCUCUCUCUCUCUCUCCCUCUCUCUCUCCCUCUCUCUCUCUCUCUCUUCUUGCACUUUCACUGUUCUCGGGUCUCUCUCUCUCUCUCUGCCUUUCUAUCUCCUCUUAUCUUGGUGUACAGUCUCAUUUUCCAUCAAAAUAUAUAUUUUUUAAUUUACUUUAAUUUUUUUUUUUUUUUUACUUACUGAUGUAUCAUAACGGAACACAUGACACAGCUGUUGCUCAGCAGUGGAUUGCAUAUAUCAGACUUCUCAGUCUACGUAGGCAGACCUAGGAACAGCUUUUGCUUGUGAUACUCUAACAAAUCUAAUAACUCGGACUAAAAGAAAGUUUCUCAGCACUUUUACUCUGAGGUUCUUGAUGCAUGUGUGUCCCAGGCAGGAAGGCUUAAUAGGAAAUUCCACUGAUUUUUCUGAUUUUUAACAUUUUUACAUUGUCAAAUGGUUGAGAUUUAGAGUAGUUUGGUGUGAAAUGGUUUAUUAUAGACAUUAACAGUCAGAUUUGUUUACUGUGGUGGUGAAAGGAACCAGGAGUCACAAUCUCUAAGACAAAUAUAGCCGUUUUAUUGACUGUCCAAAACUACCAGUGAAGCUACAUGUGGCUUCUGAGGUUUUUUUUUUAUUUGUAUGUAAUAUUAAUGGUGGUAAAAUAGUGGUAAGUUUGAAAAGAUAAGUUUUCUUCUUUGUAUUCAUAACCAUUACAUGUAGCAACUUUCUUUUAAAGGCAUUAAAUACUUCAGAUGUCUGGUUCCUAUCACCACCACUGGGAACUAUUCUGACUCUGUAUGUUUCUCUAGAACAGAGCAUUUCACAGGAAACUUCUCUGAAUGACUUUGGAUUUAAUUAUGAAGAAAUUUAGAGAAAUCAGUGGAAUUCUGGUGAGUCCCAUGCGGUCAGUCCCACUGUAAAUGAACCACAUACAUACCUCCAUGGGCAUGAUUGUAUCCAGUGUUGACUAUUUUGCAGUAUUGCAGAUCGUUCUGUUCCAGAGAAAAGAAAGACCUUUGGUGUUUGGCUAGUUUACAUGUUUGAGUUUUCACGUCUUUUCAGAAAUCUGUUUAUACUUUGAUGUUUUAUGCUGUACAUUUUUUUUUUUUUGUUGAAUUGAUGUUUAAUUUAUUCAGUGGCUUGGUGUCGUGUGAUGGUGAAAUAAAGAUUUCCAUUAAAAUUCGAA